UCAAAUUUGCUAAGUGAAAUAUAAGCUUCACUUAUAUUUUGGACGGAUACCACAGUUUCUAUUGCUGUAAUUGCGGAAAUUUCGGCAGUGGUAGUACCUUGUUUGUGCAAAGCUGAAACCAAAACUGAUGUGCGUGGGUUUUGACGUAUUGAAGUGACAUCUUUGCGCGGUAUAUUGCGCUCGAAAGUUGGAAAACAUGGAAAUGCUUCCUUGGAAGUCGAAUGUCUGAAGUUCACUUUUAUCGUAUUCAAGGUUCAUUAGUGGUUGGUGUAUCUUUUUGAGUAAAUCAAACUCUCUUUACUUCAUCCCAUUUAUACAUCAAAAUCGGACGUUAUAUAUAUAUUGUCGAUAUUAUUCUGUGGAAAUGCUAUGUCAUUAUGGCGCCUGUAUCUUCAAUAACAUGAGAGAUGUCUUCGUUUACAAAACUCUGAAGUGAGAUUUUAUUUCUUCGCUGCGGUUUUAAACACUCACCCUAACUCUCGAUAUGGGAGAUGGAACUGUAGAAGCCGUAUUUCCUUAUUCUUACCAAGCUGGCGAUGGAAGAGUCAUCGAAUUUGAAACAGGAGAUCGGUUUACAUUGCUCAACAAGACCAACGUCGAUUGGUGGCAAGUUACGAGGAAGGAUACUACUGAGGAAAAACCUAUGUACGUUCCCGCGUCUUAUAUGAAAGAAAUUACCCCAGGAAGAAGAGAUCCGAUUUACGAAAACGUGGAAAAGUUUGAUCAUCAUGAGACUUGUAAUGGAGCAGGUAGCAGAGAGAAUGUCUCGACGAGCGAUAUGCGUAGUUGCCAUUCGAUCACAGGGAACUCACAAGUUUCAAACGAUGCCAAUUGUUCCGAUUAUCCAGCUUGCAACAACGGAACUGGAGACGAAAAUGCAAGUAACGCCUCUAGAGUUUUAAACGAUUUUAAUGGUGUUACAAAUGGUUCUUCAAGGGUCAACCCAUCGGCAAAAUCUCUGGAAUCGUCUGGAAACUUCUCAUCACCUAGAAAAGAGAGACCUAAAUCGCAGUCACUACCCACAGGUUGGGUUCAAGUAACUGAUGAAGCAAGUGGUAGAUUGUGUUAUUACAACACACAUACUGAGGAAAGAAGCUGGAAACCACCAAGGAUAUCACAAUCCAGGACUCCCCCACCAAAUGGGUGGCAGACACCACCAUUAGGAUGGCGAAUCUCACGCAGUGGUUCAACUGAUGAAUUGGUGUAUGUCAAUGAUUUCAAUGAUGAAGAGUGGAUGCCUUCAAAAGAUGAGGAAGGAAGAGAUUAUUAUUACCUCGUCAAUGGAAACACUGCACGUACAUCUUGGGAACUUCCUGAGCUUGAACCUGCCCGGCAGUCUUUUGAAGCACUGGAUGUCACAUACAGACGACGCUCACCAAAUCUCAGUCUUAGAACCUCAAAGUGUCAGUCUCUGCUGACAUCAAGCCCACGAAACUCUCAAGCAAAUCUUACCUUUCCUCUCCCCUCUAUGUCUGCUGCUGCUGUUCAUGGCUUUCCCCCACCACCACCCUUGGUUGGUUCUGAGCUGCGUUCAUCCCUCAAGGUUGCCAAAAGAUCUGCAUCUGUACAGUCUCGAGAGAGUGUGUCCUCAGCAGAUGAAUGGCCAACACCUCCAACCCCUUCAACAGAUUUUGUUGAUUUUUUUCAGGCAAUUGAAAAACAAGGGAUGCUGAACUGCAAGAAAUUAGUGGAAGGAGGUGGAAAGAAGGUCAAAAAGAUGUCAUGGACACCAACAUUUGUAAUACUCUUUUCAGCAAAUUUGGUUUUUUACAAGGACCAGAAAGAAUGAGGAAGAGCCAUUACCACCACAAACUCCUGUGCAAGAUCAACCACAACGAGGAGCUGACAAUGAUGUCGUCUCACAAGAACCUGGGACCCCAAUUUCUUUGCAGCCUGUUGAUCUGGUCCGAAUUCCAAGCAUGCAUAAAAGAGGUGUAGACCGAGAGGACAAAAGGAACAUGAGAGAAAAACUGAGGAAAUUUCUCACUAAACGACCUCCAAUAGAGGAGCUGGAAAAGAAAGGAAUUAUUAAAGAAAGUGUAUUUGGCUGCCACAUUGCACAUCUUUGUGAAAGACAGAAAACAUCAGUUCCUGUAUUUGUUAGCUCAUGCAUUGCUGCUAUUGAAAAGAGAGGUCUGUCAUUUGAUGGUCUCUACAGGGUGUGUGGUAAUGUCUCCACGGUGCAGAAGCUCAGAAUAAUGGUUGACCAAGAGGAGAAAGUGGUACUUGGUGAGCCACCUUUCGAUGACGUCCACGCCCUCACUGGAUCUCUAAAACUUUACUUUAGAGAGCUUCCAGAGCCUCUUAUUCCUUAUGACUUCUUUAGUGGAUUUGUAGAGGCAAUAAAGCAAAGCACACGAAAGAGCAAGCUAACUGCUAUGAGAUCUUUGGCUGUUCAGAUGCCGAAGGUCAAUGGGGAAACUCUUAAGUUAUUGCUGCGACAUUUGCGGAAGUUAAUGGAUCAGAGUGAAGAAAACCGUAUGAAUGCGCAAAAUCUGGCCAUUGUUUGGGGCCCAAAUCUCAUGUGGCCUCGUUAUGAUUCUGGAGACAUAGCAGUAAACAUGGUGCAUCAAAACCAAAUCAUAGAAUUUCUACUUUUGGAAUUUGACCAUGUGUUUAAAUAGUUGUUAACUUAUAACAGCAAAACAAGUAUUUUUCAGCAGAAUAUUGUAGUAGUAGUAGUCGGCAUUUAGGUACAUACAGCCUAUUACAUUAGUAUGUAGUGCAUACUAGUGUGGUAUGUCACUACAGCAGGUCAGAGUUAUGGCUUUUUAGUAUGUGACAAGAUGAGUAUUUUCUUUUUUUGCAGUUUUAGAAAGAGGAAACAGUUUUAUGUACUUAUAUUGCAAGAGUCAUUUUGUUUCCCUUCUUGUGGGGGUGGUUUGGGUACAGUUCUCAGAGUGCUCCAUUGUAUAUAAUGUAACUAAAACAACGGCAGUGAUCACAAUUCUUUUGUGUAAAUUGAAUUAAAUUUUAAUGCAAUGACUAAAUAUGUAUGAUCAGUUGGAGAAAACUGUUCAAUAGGCAUAGUGAAUGAUAAAAUUGAAAUCUUCUAUGAUUUUUACAUGAAUGAAAUCUAAGAGUGAUGGUAAAGGUGUAGCUUAAGAAGGCACCAGUCAUAGGCUGUACCAGGUGUCACUUGCCAUAGACAGGUAUCAAGAGUUGAAUGUGAGGAUCUUUGGUUGUCCCUUAGGUUACAAGAAUCAAAGAUUGCAACAACCUGCAACGGUUUGUGGCAUCAUAAUGAAUGUUUUGUAGGUGGAUGUUUUUAACUGAAAGUAUUGAGUAAACAUGGAUUUCGAAUAUUGGAUCAUUAUGGUGAAGACUGAGGAGGCCUUUGGCACUGCCUCCUUACUCCAAUUGUCCGGAAGAUGACGACUAAAACUUUUACUCUUUGCUCUAAUGAUCCGGGAGAAAAGUAAAUGUUUGAAACAGUCUGGAGAGAAACGGUCUUGAAAGAGUGUAUGCUGAUUGUUCCUCUUUAGAACAAUAUGUUCACUGAAAAGAUCUGUGAAGAAGUAGACAACAAUCUUGUUUUGUCUUUGAAAUAGAUAUAGUCCUGAUCCCAAUUAGAUUUAGUACUUUAGUCUUAUUCUAUUGUACACAAGUUUUUAUUGUUACCAUCUCUUAACAUGAGAGUUGACAAAGUGGUCUGAUAUAACAUAUUGUCAAAAAUGCAGAGAUGAUUCAUCUAGUUGCUAACUGGGUGUAGGAGUAAUUGCUGUGGGUUGUAAUGAGAGAUUUAUAGUUGAUAGAGGUCAAUGAAUUAAUGUCAUCUUAGCGCUAAGAGUCAGCCAUUAUUUGAAUGGAUUUCAUAAAUGAUAAAAAUUCUUAAGUGUUAAAGUUUGAGAGGAUUUCACAUCCACAUAUGCAAGACAUGAUUUUUCGUGUAGGUUUAGUAAGCGUACUCAUGCCUUAAAAUAGGAAAUGUUUUGGAUAAGUCAUCCAAAAUGUGCAAAUGCUACUGUACAACUUUUUGUCUAUGGGGUGAUAUUUAUGCAUGCACUAAGAUAAUUUACUCGGAGAGAAUCUUUCUACAUUUUGUCAAGUAAAAGUUACUUGGGCAAAAUCCCUUUUUUUUCAGAGUUUAAAGGCUUGGCCGCCAAGCUUCCGUGAACAAACGUUAGUAUCACUGGGUGACCAUAUUCUCCUGAAAUGGGUCUGCAAUGCGUGCUUGUGCACUGUCACUUGUUAUCUUUAGUGUUUGUGCAGAUAACAUACCAUAUGAAAGUUUCUUUUGUAUAUUAAGAGUGGUUAGUCCUUUGAUAUAAUUCAUCUGACACAUAGAACUUUCGUUUAGGAAAAUACAUUUUUAGAAAAAAAGUGUUGCGAGUGAGGCUGAAAGGUAUUGUUGGUGUAUUUGUUAACUUUGUAGUAUUACGAGGCAAUGUGCAAAGUCACUGUGGACCUAUUUUUGGACUUCUGUUUAAUUACAAUGCCUAAGCACUACUCACGACAUUCAUAGCUGUUCAGACUUUGUAAUAACAAAGAUAUAUUUUUGCAUGUACGAUGUCAACAGCAGCAGCUUAAACAUUCAAUUUACUACCAUCAAAGAACGUUUAGUGAAAUAAAUUUAGGAUGAGGUAUUUGUUAUGAUGA